GGAUUCAUCGUUUUUCAUUGCGCCAAGUUGGCAGCUCUUUUCGCGUGUGCUGCUGCGUGGAUGUUGCAAAAAUAAUUGUUUUCUCGCAACAAAUAACAACUAAAUACAACAUGCGUCCUUUGAUGCUUCAGGGCCACGAGCGUUCCAUCACGCAAAUCAAGUACAACCGCGAGGGCGACCUGCUCUUCUCCUGCUCCAAGGAUCAGAAGCCUAAUGUCUGGUACUCUCUCAAUGGGGAGCGUCUGGGCACAUACGAUGGCCACCAGGGUGCCGUUUGGUGCUUGGAUGUGGACUGGGAGAGCCGAAAGCUGAUUACAGGCGCCGGUGACAUGACCACGAAAAUCUGGGACGUGGAAUACGGUACCAUUAUCGCCUCAAUCCCAUCCAAAUCGUCGGUGCGUACCAGCAACUUCAGCUUCUCGGGUAACCAGGCCGCCUACUCCACGGACAAGGCGAUGGGACAAAGUUGUGAGCUGUUUAUUAUUGACGUUCGCAAUGCCGACUCGUCCCUGGCUGAACAGGCACCUACACUACGUAUCCCCAUGACGGAAUCCAAGAUUACCUCAAUGCUUUGGGGACCCUUGGACGAGACAAUCAUCACGGGUCACGAUAACGGAAAUAUUGCUAUCUGGGACAUCCGUAAGGGACAGAAAGUUGUCGACUCUGGCAGUGACCACACCGCUGGAAUUAACGACAUGCAGUUGAGCAAGGAUGGCACCAUGUUUGUGACUGCCUCCAAGGACACCACUGCAAAGCUCUUCGACUCCGAGUCCCUCAUGUGCCUGAAGACCUAUAAGACGGAGCGUCCAGUAAACUCUGCCGCCAUCAGCCCCAUUCUAGACCAUGUGGUUUUGGGCGGUGGCCAGGAUGCUAUGGAGGUGACCACUACUUCAACGAAGGCUGGCAAGUUCGACUCUCGCUUCUUCCAUCUGAUCUACGAGGAGGAGUUCGCUCGUUUGAAGGGCCAUUUCGGUCCCAUCAACAGUUUGGCCUUCCAUCCCGACGGCAAGAGUUACGCCUCUGGCGGAGAAGACGGUUUCGUGCGUGUCCAGACAUUCGAUAGUACAUACUUUGAAAACAUCUUUGAGUAGUCCAUAUCCAUAUAGUCUGUAUUAAAAAGCCAGGCCAGUGAAGAUUGCACCCGUUUCUUGGGAUUCGUUCACUGGCUACAAAAAUGUUCGUGAGCUUAGGGAACUUUCAAAUAUACGCGAGAACGAAACGAAA